AUGAAUGUCAGUAAAAAAAGAAAAAUAGAUUCUGAAUGUCGUGUAUUCCAACAUAAAUGGAUCAAUCAAUACUUUGUUAUUGAAAAUAAAGGAAAAGUCAUGUGCCUUGUUUGUCGUGAAUUAAUUUCUGUAUUGAAAGAAUACAAUAUUAAACGGCAUUAUGAAUCCAAGCAUAAAGUUAAAUAUGACUCCUUAUACGGACAGUUAAGAGAAAUUGAAGUUAAUAAACUACAAAAAGCUCUAACCGGAGAACAAACGAUCUUUUCAAAAAUAACUACUCAAAAUAAAGCCAUAAUUUCUGCUAGUGUGAAUGUAGCUAUGUUAAUUGCGAAAGAGGGAAAACCAUUUACAGACGCAGAAUUUGUCAAAAAAUGUGUACUAAGCAUGGCCGGUAAUAUUUGUCCAGAUAUUGUACAUAAGUUUGAAGAAGUCCCCUUAUCUGCUCGUACAAUAACAAGACGUAUUGAAGAUGUUGGUGACAAUUUAUUAAAUCAACUGAUAAAAAAAACGAAAACAUUUCAAUAUUUUUCGUUAGCACUUGAUGAAAGUACAGAUAUCGUUGACUCUGCACAGUUAAUUGUAUUCAUUCGAGGAAUUAAUGAUAAGUUUGAAAUAACUUAUUAUUUUUGUCUGGCCCGCGAACUCUUUUUAAUUUAUGAAUGUGGCCCGGGAGUCUAA